AUGGGUACAUGCUUGUUUCUGGUUUCAUCGUUGUUACUGCUUCUGAUAAGUGAUUUGGAAACGGCAUUGGGCAUCGUGGAAAGCACCGAAAAUGAGAAUAGUAACGGCGAUAGUGAUACAUCGAGUCAAAAUGAGGAGGAGGAGGACCAAAUUAGAAGCUCACGAUCUCCGAAUUUGGUUGCAUUAGAGAAUGAGGUUGAUGAUGAAGAUGACGACGAUGAGUACUCUGACUCGUAUGAAUACGAUUCGGAUGAGGAAGAUUCCGAGGACGUUCCAGCCAAGUUAACACCUCCACCUGGCGGCUCAAUAAAAAUACGGAGAAGUGGAGACUCUAGACAGAAGCAACCCCAUCCGCCAGGUUAG